UCCUUCAAAUCGACAUAUAUGUACUAGUGUUUUGUUAGUUCACACACUAAGUUCUGAAAAAUGAGUUCCAAAGUUUUUCUUAUUCUACUUAUGUUCAUGGCCACUAUACUUUUGAUCUCCUCUGAGGUUGCACCCGAUGAUGCAUACCAGAAUUUUGACAAAACAGAUGGGAAGCGUAGUGCAAAUGGGGUAGAUGAAAGCAAAUAUUGGCGUGGUGGCUAUGGCGACUAUGGUGGUUGGCGUGGUGGUGGUUGGCGUGGUGGCUAUGGAGGCUGGCGUGGUGGCUAUGGUGGUGGGCGUGGUGGCUAUGGUGGCUGGCGUGGUGGCUAUGGUGGUGGGCGUGGUGGCUACGGAGGUUGGGGUGGUGGCUUUGGCCCUAACGAACAUAAUGAGGCUGGGAUUGAUGCUAGCCCUCACAACUAAGAAGGAAACUUGCUAAAGCUUAUAUAGGAUUUAAGUUAUCGUAAUAAAUAAAACUUCAUUGGAAGGGUAGUUAUAAUAGAUGUGGAGAUCUUUCUUCGCUCUGGUCAUAUAAAGGAAUAAUACUUUUCUAUUAAUUUCCUUAUCUUUGUAUCUCUCUGUUCCUUUUUGCUAAACUCAAAUAAAUAAAACUAUAUAAAUGUGUAAUU